UUCGUCUAGAUCCCAAGUCCGUAAACAUGGCGCUGCUCAGGCAAAUUGCUGGAAGGCUGACUUCCAUGUCAUUGCAGGAAUUAUCUGCAUCUCAAUCAGCUCCGAUUAUAAAUGGAUCCAGACGGUUCGCUUCAGCAUUUAAAUUUGUUCCUGAUGCAGCCUCGCCAUCGGAUGGAGAAACAACAAAGAUGAAUCUAUUCCAGGCUCUUAACAAUGCCAUGGAUGUAGCCUUGACUUCAGACUCUACAGCAGUCAUAUUUGGUGAGGAUGUUGCCUUUGGGUGUUUCAGAUGUACUGUUGGAUUAGCGGAUAAACAUGGUAAAGAUAGGGUAUUCAACACACCACUCUGUGAACAAGGUAUCGUUGGCUUCGGCAUCGGCAUGGCGGCCGUGGGAGCAACCGCUAUCGCUGAAAUACAGUUUGCUGAUUAUAUCUACCCAGCCUUUGAUCAAAUCAUCAACGAGGCAGCAAAGUUCCGGUACAGGUCAGGCAACAUGUUUGACGUCGGAGGUCUCACCAUCAGAGCUCCGUGGGGAGCGGUCGGGCACGGCGCCCUCUAUCAUUCACAGAGUCCAGAGGCCUUCUUUGCACAUAUCCCAGGAGUCAAGGUUGUAAUCCCACGUAGUCCCAUCCAAGCCAAGGGCCUGUUACUGUCUUGCAUACGAGACCCAAAUCCAUGUAUCUUCUUUGAACCUAAAGUACUCUAUCGUGCAGCUGUUGAGCAAGUCCCAGUCAAGGAUUACAUGAUUCCAUUGUCAAAAGCAGAAGUACUACAAGAAGGCAGUGAUGUGACCCUGGUAGGAUGGGGUACCCAGAUACAUGUCCUGAGGGAGGUUGCUCAGAUGGCCCAAGAGAAGCUUGGAGUGAGCUGUGAGCUCAUCGACCUGGUCACCAUCUUACCCUGGGACAAAGAUACUAUAAUCAAGUCGGUAGAGAAGACUGGUAGACUACUGGUUGCGCACGAAGCACCAAUCACAGGAGGGUUUGCAUCAGAGAUUGCCUCCAGUGUACAGGAGGAGUGCUUCCUGCAGCUAGAAGCCCCCAUACAGAGGGUCUGCGGCUGGGACUCGCCCUUCCCUCAUAUAUUUGAGCCCUUCUACCUCCCGGACAAAUGGAGGUGUCUGGACGCCAUUAAGAAGAUGAUCAACUACUGAAGAAAAUCUCGCAAUAUUUAUGAUCGGAGAUGUCGGUUCCUGCCGUCGCUGUUUGUCCUGUGAAUGGAUCACAUCCAUUCUAUUUCUGCUGACUGUAAAUAAGAUAUAUUGUCUUUGUAUUCUCCAUGCGGGUGAAGACAUUUGUGAACAUACUCCCAGGGAAGUUUCAAGGAUCUGAUGGUGCACAAACCUUGAAUGGAUCAUGUAUAGGUGUAGACCGAAAAAUCGGUCUAUUUCGUCUGGGACUACAUCUGGCUUCCCUGAAUUCCAUGGAGGAGUUUCAAAAGACAAAACUUUUUUUUUAAACUCCUCCCAGCAGACAGAUUUUUCAGUCUAGUAUUGGUGUGCUGUUAUGUUUUCUUGUAAUCUUUAAGAUACCAUAUAUUUUUUUUUUUACAGAAACCAACUUGUAAAUGCAUAUUGGUUGAUCCAAGACACAAUAUAAAACCCAACCUGUCAUGCGAUAUAUACUAGAAAAAAGUGGGCUCAAAUUUGUGUUUGUUUGCCAACACCCCCCCCCCCCCCCCCACAAAUUUUAUACCAGGUAGUAGAAGGGUAGUAGAAGUAGUAGAGGGGAAUAGUCAAGGGACUAUCAUUUCCCUGAUUUAUGUAGAAACAUGAGUGAGAUUUAUUUAUUCUUCUCAUCUUCAAUGAUCUGGACCGAAAGUUCUUUAGAGCAGGGUAAUGUUAAAGAGUCUAUCACUUUUCCUAAUUCAUUUAAGAACAUGAUUGAGAUUGAUGAAGCCUGUGAUGGUCCAGUAACUUUAUUCAAAGGGUCGUUAGUGAUGAUAGGUCGUUAGUGACGAUAGCUCAUUUUAAAGACAGAUGCUCCUAUAACAAGCUCUUUAACCUAGAUACAGGGUUGUCAUUAUCAUGUAGAAUAAUAAAAGGCAAUCUGUCACACCAUUAUGUGGAGAACAUCUAGUUUGAUAUGUGAAUAUGUAAUAUAUACAAUAUCAAUUAUGUUGUCAUUUACACCACAUGCAUGUAUGUAAGUGCUUUUCAAAUUGAUAACGUUUGGUGAACCACGAUGUUGAUAGUGGCAAGACUUAUGGCAGGGGUCCAAAACAAAUAGUGAGGGUCUAUAUGCACCAAUACCGUAUUGACAUUAUGAUAUGUUGGGCAUCUUGGCAGAUUCUUACAUUUGUAUUUGUGUGUGGGGGUGUGGGGGGGGGGGAGCUGUGUGUACCUGUACAAGUCCUGCAAGUUUGGGCUAAUUUAACAAUGAAUCAAGCCAUCGCCGGCUGGUAGCAAGUAAGUAGGAGAAAGGUCGCAUAUUGCGUUGGUGUGGUCACUGUGGUGGAGAUCAAAUUAAAUAGGCCAGAUUCUGGACUAGUCUGGGGCCUGUUUCAUGAAUAUUGUUACAAAUGAGUUAUACAAGGCACACAAAUUACAGUGAUAAACAACUGAUAUCCUCACAUAUGAUUGGCUAUGAGCAGUUUGGUCAUAGAUCCAUGAUAGUUGUUAUAGAAAACUGUUAUUUUUAAACAGGGUUCUGGGCUCAUAUUCAUAAAACCUUUCUAAGCCUACCGGUAGUUGUCAACUAGCUAUGUACUAUAGCCUUGGUAAUUAAUUGACAACUAGCUCAUGAAGGAUUUAUGAAUAUGGACCCUGGAUUUUAAUUAGCUAGCCCAGGUACAUCCACCUCCAGUCAAAAUUCUUCUUCAGGGUAUUUAGGAGAAAAUAAUCCAAGAUCCAAGAUCCGAACCCUUUGGUAUCAAGGUCUUUUAAAAUGCUUUUUUUUGGGUGGUACUCUCACACUAAGAAAACUACUUUUUAACAAUAUGAGACUGUAUAUUUAUAUGUGGAAGUGAAAAACUACAGAGUUUAAGUUUGAUAUAUCCAAAUAUAUUUUUUGAUAUGUACACAAAAUACGAUCAUUAUUAUUGCUGGUUGUAUUCAGUAGAAAUGAAUGUGAAGAAGCAGUCAAGCAUUUAAGUGGAAUGGAGUUGAAAGAUGGGCUGAAAAAUGGGCUGAAAGACAAACACGAACAAAAAAAUGAGGACUAUUGUCAACUUAUCGGAAUGAUGCAUCUGCAAUCGAAGCAUAUUUGCCUAUGGAUGACAGAAAUUGAAAGGGUUAUAUGUUUACACUAGACCCGCAUACUGAUUUAUGUCAAUUUACAUACAGGGACAUCACACUGGUUCAGUUUAAUGGUAUGUAUUUACGUUUGGAUUCAAGGUUCGGUUUGUACAAGUGUGUUAUGACGUAGGAAAUUGGGAAUUGAGGAUGUUAACAUGCUGCAAAUAUGAGAGUUGAUUUACUUUGGGAUAUCAUGGUGUGUAAAGAUUGUGCAUAUGACAAAAUCAAGCAUUUCCUAGAAUUUAUAUUUGAGAUUUUUUUGCUGAUAAGCAAGGCAUACUUGUACAUGUUUAAAUGAUAUUAUACAGUGCACUUUCUUUGAAGACAUGUUGAACUUUAAGGCAUGUUUUUUUUUUUGGAAUGGUUAAUAAUAAAGAAAAUAUCUUCAUUCACAUCAUGGUGUUUUUUUGUUUGAUUUUGUUCUUGUCAAUAGUAAGUUAUUCAGGAAUUGUGUCGUGAAGGAUUAACAAUGCAUUUUGCAACAUUUCUCUUUUUACUUGAACCCAUAUUUAGGUGUAUUACACAGUCCUUGAUUACAUAAUCAUUACAAAUGGGGUAUUAUUAUAAAAGGAAAUAAACAGGCUUUUCAAUGACACCAACAACAAAUAUGAUAAACAUUAUAGUAACGUGAGAUAUCAACAAUUAAACUUGAAUCGCUGAACUUUUAUGAGGACUUUUCAAGUGGUAUUAAAGAGGUUAAGUCUAUCAGUUGUUGUUGUUGUUGUUGUUAGAUUAUGUUUUAAGGCAAUUCUGUCAAAACUGACUAUUUAUACCUUAAGUCAGUCAAAGAAUCAGGAAAUAAAAGGAAAACACCAAAAGCAAUUGGAAAGUGCUUUCUUCAUUUAGAAUAAAGUUAUUUCCUUGCUCUAAGCCAGAACAAUGGAUAUAUUGUUUACCUUGUAUUUUUUAGUAAUUUAGGAAUAAAUUAUGAUGAAUACAAA